AGUAAGACAUACAGCAUUCAAUAUCCCAUAGCGAUACUGAAAGGAAGUGCAGUAUCCGCUGCAUGCCAAACAAGCGGUGGAAACGUUGGCACACCGCUGUACAAUUUCACGGAGCUGUGCGCGUUAUGUCUUGAUAUAAUGAUUCAGAUGUGCGAAUUCUUUCCUUCAAGGGAUGAUAACAACAGUGUCGUACGUCCCAUGCCACAGGUGAAGAAAAGUCUCACGGAGCCAAAGUUACUCUAUCAAGUAGUGCAAUUAUUGCUCACCUACGAUCCAAGUAUUGUGCAACGGGUGGCUACUUUAGUGCAUUUAGUCAUGCAGGACAAUCCCUUUCUUCCUCGAUUGUAUUUAUCCGGUGUAUUCUUCUUUAUUCUUAUGUAUAACGGCUCCAAUGUUCUACCGAUUGCUAGGUUUUUACAUUAUACGCAUAAGAAGCAGGCGUUCCGAACUGCAUUGCCUCAACUAGAAGGAACAUCACAGUCCAUUCUUGCUCCACUGCUACCGGCUGCAGCGAUCUUUUACCUAGAUGAGUAUGGGCCUGACAAGUACGCCGAGGUGUUUUUAGGAGAGUUCGAUAAUCCUGAAAUCAUUUGGAGCACACAAAUGAGGCGCCAUCUAAUUGAGCGAAUUGCUGUGCACGUUUCUGACUUCUCCAAUCGCCUCACCUCUAAUGUAAAGGCCUUAUAUCAGUACUGUCCGAUCCCGCUAAUUGACUAUCCUGAGCUGCAGAACGAGCUGUUUUGUUACGUUUAUUACCUGCGCCAUCUGUGCGAUCGGCAACGAUUUCCAGAUUGGGAAAUCAGAGACCCCGUAAGCUUU